CUGUCAUUUGAUUUUACCAUAAGCAAAAUUGUUUUUAAUUGAUAACAGUUCAAAGUUAUUAGUGUCACGAGUGUGUUUAUAAAUCUACAAUACAAAAAACAUUGUUGGAAUCACUGGCUGUGCUGAGAGUUAUCUCUUCUUUCUACGAAAUCGAAUGAUACAUUUUCGACACCAUGAGUGACGACUGUAUUUCGACAGUGGUCCUCGAUUGCGGAUCUGGCGUGUGCAAAGCCGGAUUUUCCGGUGAUCAAACGCCUCGAGUGGUUUUCCCCACGGUGGUCGGCACUCCCCGUCAGGGCCUGAAGAUGAAUAUGGGCCUGCAGGACUCGUAUGUGGGGCAACUGGCCUACACCAAGCGCGCUGUGCUGAAACUCAGCUAUCCCGUUCAGCACGGCCUCGUCACCGACUGGGAAGGAGUGGAGAAGGUAUGGAAUCAUGCACUCCACGAGAUGCGCAUCUCUGCCGCGGACUACCCAAUCCUGCUGACAGAGGCGCCCAGGACGACCAUGGCCCAUCGCGAAAAGGCCACUCAAAUCAUGUUUGAAACUUUGGAAGUGCCGGCCAUGUAUGUGGCCAGCCAGCAGGUGCUGGCCCUAUACGCUUCGGGUCGCUCCACAGGAAUCGUUCUGGACGUUGGCGACGGGUACUCCCACGCCGUUCCAAUUUACGAAGGCUAUGCCCUGCCCCACGCCAUUCAGGUUCUGGACUGGGCCGGGCGCGAUAUCACGGAGUACCUCAUGAAGCUGCUAACGGAGCGGGGCUACUGCUACUCCUGCACCUGCCCGGCCGAUCGCGAGAUGGUGCGCGACGUGAAGGAGAAGCUAUGCUUUGUGGCCAGGGACAUUAAGAAGGAGUUGGAGGUGUUUAAAACCCAACCCGAGAAAACGUACACUCUGCCAGAUGGACAUGUCAUUUCCAUUGGCGCCCAGCGCAUGCAGUGCCCCGAAGCACUGUUCGACCCCACCCUCAUGGGCAAAGCUCCCGUCGGCCUGCACCAACUGCUCUACCAGUCCAUUAAUAAGUGCGACGAGGACAUCCGGCGAGAGAUGUUCGAAAACAUCAUGCUGUCGGGGGGCACCACGACGCUUCCUUACUUUGCCGAGCGCCUGGAGCGGGAGCUCUCCGAGCUGGCCGGCUCCAACACGACGGUCAAGAUUCUGGCGCCAGCCGAUCGCCAGUUCGCUUCCUGGAUGGGUGGCUCGAUUCUCAGUUCUCUGCCCUCGUUCAAAAUGAUGUGGAUAUCCAAGGAGGAGUACGAGGAGGUUGGCCCCUCCAUAGUCCACCGCAAGUGCUUCUGAGCGGCAAUUACAAUCCAAAUUCUCGUAUCCAUUUAAAGACAAGACACUGAUACACUGAUAUUACAAGCGCUGCAUAGGCGGAAUUAAGCAUUGAUUUUAAUGAUUUUUAAUUCUCAAAUAAAGUGAGAGUCAUUCAUA